AUGGAUCGUAACAGGCGACGAAAAAAGGAAGAAGAAGAGGCUGAAUUGACGAAGGCAUACGAGCAAUUUCGAGAGGCUUUCGAAGACAAUGCCUCAGUUGCUGGCAAACCGUUUAUACGUGCAGCUGUUGUUAAUGCCAAUAAAGUAAUAGAAGAUUCAGGUGCUAAACCUUCACUCUACAGCCCCAAAAUUGAGCUUCCGAAAAAAAUUGUUCCUAUAGCAAAUUCAUUUGAACAAGCAAAAAAAAUUGCUGAAGAAAAAGCGAAACGCAUGAUGGAGGAAGCUAGGAAAGCAAAUUUAACAACAGGUCGUCCGCCUCGACCUGGAAAAACACAGCAAAAAAGUAGAACAAGUAAUCUGGAAGCUUUCAAAGAAGAAUUAAAAAGUAUGCAAGAAGAACGUGAACAGCGAAGACAUCUACGUUCUCAAAUGGAACAAAUGGGUAUGGAGAAGGAAGCACUAGAUCGGAUUGCACCACUCAUUGACAAUCCAUAUUUGCAUGGUGCUGGAGAAUAUGAUAAUGAUCCAAGCACAACUAACAUUUAUCUUUCUAACUUAUCCCUUGAGAUAAAGAUUGAAGACUUAUACAAUACUUUUGGUACGUUUGGACCACUAGCUUCAGCCAAAAUUUUAUACCCACGAGAAGAAGAUCGUAAACGAGAACAUUUAUGUGGUUUUAUAGCAUUUAUGGCUCGGAAGGACACUGAACGAGCUAUUCAGGGGAUGCAAGGAAAAUUUAUUAAGGGUUCUGAAGUCCGAAUGUCUCUUGCUAAACCUGUCAACAUACCACCUCAGCCAAUAUAUGUACCACCUGCUUUACUGGAAUUUGCGAUGCCGGAUCCGCCCACUGGUUUGCCAUUUAAUGCGAAACCUCGAAAAUGUGAUCUAGAUGCGUUACUAAAAAAGUGUCAGUUACCGCGUCUUGGUGGCACACUUCCAGAAGCAGGCCAUGGUUUGGAAGAAUAUCAGAAGAUGCUCAGGAACGCCGUCGUUCGGGUAGUGGUCCCUACAGAAAGAAGUUUGCUAAUGUUGAUUCAUCGAACCAUCGAAUUUUUGGUGCGUGAAGGGCCGUUGUUCGAAGCAAUGCUAAUGGGUCGAGAGCGGCAUAACCCUGUCUAUAGGUUUCUUUUCGAUAAUCACCAUCCAGCACACGUUUAUUAUCGAUGGAAACUGUAUUCUAUACUACAAGGUGAAACACCACAAUCUUGGCGCUUGCAGAAGUUUCGAAUGUUCGAUGAAGGUAGUUGGUGGCAGCCACCACCUCAGAAUAUCCUAACAGGAGGAAUGCCGGAAUGUUUGUAUCAUACUGCUUAUGACGCCGGUUUGCCUGUUGAAAAACUUGCGGCAAAAUCACGAAAACGGAAGUACAGUAGCAGCGAAGAUGAAGCACAAGACACCAAGGAAAUCAAGACAAAAUGGCGAGGUGUACUAAGUACCGCUGAGCGAGACGAACUUGAGAUUAGUUUCAUAAUUGACAUUCUUCGUGGUCUUUUACCAGAGAAAUUCUCAAUAGCCGACGCAAUGGUCUGGUGUGUAGAGCAUGCUACAUGUGCUAAAGAAAUCUCUCAGUGUCUGCUUGAGUCAUUAACAAUUGAUGAAACACCUCUUUACAAAAAAAUUGCUAGGUUAUACUUAAUUUCUGACAUUCUGUCGAAUUGCGCUGCUCGAAUACGCGAUGUGUUUUAUUAUAGGCAGUACAUCGGCGAUUUGAUGCCAGAAAUUUUCAAAGAAUUAAAUAAAACUUAUGAAAAAAUUUCGGCACGAUUAAAAGCUGAACAGUUCAAGCAGCGUGUUAUGUUAUGUUUUCGUACUUGGGAAGAUAAUUCAAUUUAUCCAACAGACUUCCUUAUUCAAUUGCAAAAUAUUUUCUUGGGCCUUGCUAUUAAGGAAGGUGAAGCGCCAGAUGAUGAUAUUGAUGGUGCUCCGAUUGAAGAAGGUCCAGAAGAAAUAAUCUUAAAGAAGGAAUCAAUUUUUGAAGAAGAAGAUAUUGAUGGCAUACCCAUUGAAGAAGAACCCAUAGAAAGUCAGCCAAAAAAAGUCGCAACUUUCAAACGAAGUCAAUGGGAUACUGUUGAUCCAUCUGUUGUUGCAAGUCAGGCAGUGACUACCAGCAAGUGGGAUUUGCUGGAAAAUGGUAAGGAUGAUGAAAUCACGGUAGAUAAAGUUGAUCCGGAAAAUGAUAUUGAUGGUGCUCCAAUUGAUGAUGAUAAAAAUGGUAGUGAAGACGGCGAGUGCCCCGAUGAGGAUGAAGAAGAAAGAACAAAUUCUACUGUGCAACCAUCUCUAAGCUUAUCUUCUUCACGAAUGGAUGAAGAGAGACGAAAAAUCUUACGUGAGAUUGAGGCAGUCGUAAAAUAUCAAGAUGAACUCGAGUCUCAGCGAUGUGAUGAUAUAUCUUCUCAAGUAGCAAAAUAUCGUACCUCACUGUUGAAACAAAUGGAGGAAAAAUUAGAUGUAUUAAACGAACAGAAAAACAAGAAAAGAAGAAAAGAGACUAAACGAUCAAGAAGCAGAAGGCGAGAAGACAGGAGAGAAGAUAAAAUUGUUCGGGAAAAAGAGCGUGAACGGAGCAGAGGAGGAAGUGAAAGAAAUGAACGA